UAUACAGUACACAUCACUUUCCAGCAUCCCAACUAGCCCUAACAGUGUCCUUAAUACACAACAAUACUGCUGCGAUGCAUCUGCCUACGCUUUCCAUACUACUUGCCGCAUGUGCUUCCGUUGUUAGCGCUCAGGCAACCGUACCAGGCCUUGGAUGUGUUUGUAUGGCGCCAACCGAUUCAGGGAAAGAUCAAUCGAUAGCCGACCGAACCAUUCGUUGCUGUACUGAUAAUUCAGGAACUAUGAUCAAUACUGUUAAUUUCUGGGAUCGCGGCAACUUCUACUGCCGUGUCCCGGACUCUGUUACUCCGGCCAUUUGGGAUCAGGAUUGCUGCCGUAAGUGGUAUGGAAGUGGAACUUACGGAUACUGCAAUUCAUCCACUUGA